GAGUACACGCCAUACAAGGCGAUAGAUUCAUACAAGCCUUUCUGUCUUGGCCAUUUCGGGAAUAGUGCAAACCACUUACAUGUAUUGCCCUUGCGCAUGACACAAGCUUAAGUAAUACCGAUAGCCAUGUUGCGCAGCGGCCCCACUGGGGCUCGCAACGCGCCAGCUCUUGAGCAGAUUAACGCGGAGGUCUUCACCUUGACAUAUGGCUCGAUCGUGCGCCAGCUGAUAUCGGACUACGAGGACAUUGAGGAGGUCAACAAGCAGCUAGAGCAAAUGGGCUAUAACAUGGGUAUUCGCCUGGUGGACGAGUUCCUGGCAAAGGCCAAAAUCUCACGCUGUUCCUCCUUUCGCGACACGGCGGACGUGGUGGCGAAGCAGGCACUGCCCAUGUUCCUCAACGUGACGGCCAACGUGACCAACUGGAGCCCCGACCAGACCGAGUGCAGCCUGGUGCUGACGGACAACCCGCUGGCUGACUUUGUGGAGCUGCCGGACGAGUACCGCGAGCUGCGGUAUUGCAACGUGCUGGCAGGCGUGGUGCGCGGAGCGCUGGAGAUGGUGAACAUGGAGGUGGAGUGCCGCUGGGUGUCGGACAUGCUGCGCGGCGACGACUGCUACGAGCUGCGCCUCAAGCUCAAGGAGCACCGCGACGAGAAGUUCCCCUACAAGGACGACGACUAAGCCUGUAGGGCCGGAGCCUGUAGGGCCGGAGCCUGUAGGGCCGGAGCCUGUAGGGCCGGAGCUUGUAGGGGUAGGGGCUGAGUCUAGCGGAGCCUAGCGGAGCCUCUGGUGGCAGCGCUCGCAUGGAGAGACGGGGAGAGAGGGGUGGUAGGACGGAGAUGAUGACGACUGGCGGUUCUCUCUGGGUUGUUGCUGCUCCCUUGGUCGUGGAAAUCUGCUCAGUUGGCGUUUGGCAGGGUAAUAGAGCAGUGUACGAUACACAGCAAGAUAAGUAAGAGCAACUUGGCAAGAGGCGGUCCUAGCGUUGACUAAUGUUGCUUCGACAGCGACGCAGCUUGGGUAUGUGCGGUCUGGGUAUGCGGCUAGCUGAGUGGCUUCUGCGGCGACACAGGUGACCCUUUCCGCUGGUACCUGACGUACCCUUCAUGCGCCACAGGACACGUGUGCGGUGCAGCCGCUUGUGACCACGUGUGCGUUGCAGUCACUUGCGUGCGCGGGGCCGGCGAGAGCAGGAUGGCACAUGCUGGGGAGAUGGGCAGUGCCGCAGUGGGUCAGCGUGUGGCCGGGUUCUCGUCUGGAGCCCUCACCCUGCAACUUGUCCCGCUCUGGCGUCAUGUGCGGCAGGGGUUAGUGGUGACCUAGUUGAUUGAUCUAGUGGUGAAGUGGGGAGACGUGAAGAUAUGGUAGCUGGUGAUAGCACGAGUGGGCACAUCGGCUGGAAGGGGCUUUACUGGUGCUAUGAGCAACUGGUGUUAUUGUGUAUUGAUCGCCCGAAUGGCACAUUAGCACUUCGCCAGGGUCCUACGCGCUCCCCUGGCCAGACAUCGAGCUGUACGGUAAUUACAUACGGUA